AUGAAGGGAAAAAUUGUGCUGAUUACUGGAGUGGCUAAGGGUGGAAUUUCCUAUGAGACAUGCAGAGUUUUAUUAUCUCUUGGAGCUGUUGUUGUGAUGACUAUGAGAAAUGUGAAGAGUGGAGAAGAAACUAGAAGAGAAUUAAUUAAGGAGUCAAAAUGUUUGGAAGAACAAGCUCAUGUUUUGAGUUUGGAUUUGGCCGAUUUGAGGAAUGUGGAAAGAUUUGUUGAGGUUUUCAAAACCAAGUUCAAUUCAACAUGUCAUGUUUUGAUUAAUAAUGCAGGAUUGUAUAAUCCACUUGCCAAAUUGACUAGUGACAACAUUGAAUCUCAUUUUGGAGUCAAUCAUCUUGGACAUUUCUAUUUGACUGAAUUAUUGAUGGAUGUUCUCGUUAAAAGCAAGACUAGAGUAAUUGUAGUUUCGUCUAAACUUCAUGAAUAUUACACACCAAGCGAAAAGCUAUUCACAACGAAGGAAGAAUUCUAUCAAAACGAUGGAUCUAAAUCAAAGAAUGAUUUAUAUUCUCGCUCCAAAUUUGCCAAUAUUCUGUAUUGUAAGAAAUUGGAUAGAAUUUUCCAAGAGAAGGAUACAUCCAAUGAUAGAGCUUGCUGUGUGAGUUUGCAUCCUGGGUUAGUAACUACUAGCAUUGCAACUCAUGGGAGUUUUAGAACUAUCUUGUUGUAUAAAUUCUUAGCAUUAAUCAGUAAGGAUAAGGUACACGGAGCUCAAACUUCCAUUCAUUGUGCCUUGAUUGAUAGGAGCGAAAUUAAGGGAGGGGAAUACUUUAAAGAUUGUGCCAUUUCAAAGAGUAAUCCGCUUACCAACGAUCACCAAAUGCAAGAUGAUUUGUGGGAGUUGAGCUUGGAAUUAAUUUCACUCUGCAUUAAAAAGUAA